UUGAUGUUCCCUCCGCACAGGAUUUCUACCAAGCGAACCCUGUCGUGUUUUAACUCACAACGGGGCAUCAGUGCAGCCAGCGGCCAGGGUUUGGGCUCUCCUCCGUGAACGGCGGCAUAAAGCCUGCUGCGAAUUACUCACAGCAGGUUCCCCGAUCACGGCGUUUCUCGUGAGCCCGGAGGGCACAGGCCCGGCGAAAUCAACGGAUCGAGCAACCCAAGAGAACCGGAGAACUUGAACUCUGUCGAAGUCGGUCCAGAUCGUCCCGGCUCCUCCUCAUCUUCCUUGCUCGUUUUCGGCUGUAGCCAAGGAUUUUUGCGUAAUCCCCUUCAGUUAUCGCUGCUUUUCCACACUUUUUUUUUUUCCUUGGGGUAAUGCAGUAUGUCCUAGGUCAGCUUGCGCGCCCAUCGGACAAAUUUUAUUCGGUGGGGAUGAGGUAGCCCCAAAGAGUUCGUGGCGAGGAGAAUAGACCCUCCUAUAGCCGUUUGGGGUAGCUCCAAGAGUUGCUGGCCAGGGCAAUUAAACAUGAAGGGAGCAAACUACAAAGUCUACGCCAGCCCUUGGGGUUGAUUUUCCACACUUUCCUGGUAACCAAACACACUCCCCCGGUUUCAUUUGCUUUGCCCUUAAUUUUUUGUUUGUCCGGAAUUUGUCGCGUAGUUUGUCGUGCACUACGCACAAAUCCUUGGUUACCAGAAGAUCGAGAAAGGAAAGAUGGGAGGUGUUUCGGGGCGAACUGAAUUGACUUCUGCAGCGUCACGUUCUCUCGCCUCUCUUUGAAUUCCCGUCGUGUUGAACUAAUGAAGAAUUUGGCAUCCCAUUGCUCAUAUCAAUCUCAGAUGCACACAGCACCAUAUUUUACAAGUUUACAGAAUGGGAGCUAGGUUCACUGCUUUUGAGAACAGGACUGGAGUGGAGAUGGAAAUUAGAGUUUUCGUUCCGCCAGCUCGACCUGACCGAUAUCGAAAUAUCAUUAGAAUCAAACCAGGUGAAACUAAGAAAGUAAAGACCUUGACUUUAUGCUGUGAGGAGACUAAUCCUGAAAAUCCUACAUUCUUGAUGGUUUUCAUGGAUGGUACAUACACGGGGCUUUCUUUGCUGAAGUUUCACGUGGUGACUUACGCAAAAAUCGUUGGCUAUGUUGAUGACAAUGGACUUGUUGUCUUUAAGGGCGUUAGAUCUAUAUUGACUGCUUUCCGCAAACUCAAUGGCUGUGGCUUGUCUCUGGGAAAGAAAUACAACGGACAGGCAGAGGAGAAAUCUGUGAACUGAUUGCCGGAUUGGUAAUUCUUCAUGUCCUUUUCCUUUUUAUUUUUCUCUGUGGGUUACUUCUUUUUAUCCUUAAUUUGGUUUAUGUCGCGAUCAUCAAUGCUGGUUAGACCAGAUAUGGUCAAUUAUGGCCUGCACUUCUGCAGUCAACUGAGCAAAACUCAGUUGAGCCUGCUUGAUCCGCAAGUACAUUGUAAACUAUUACAAUGAUCAUUUAAAUAGUUUAGAAAAACAUAGGCAUGCAAGCUCAAGACAACCAAAACUUACCCUGAUGUUCGUUAUAAUUUUCUUUGGAAUGUAGUUGAUUGUUAUGUUUCUGCUGAAUGAUAAAUUAGCCCUAUAACAACGUAUUCUGACCAUAUGCUAGUAUCACAAUUGAACUCGAAACUAGUUCCCAUCUAUGUUGCAUGAACUCUUGAAAACAUAUCAUGUUUUGUAUUGGACAAAUGUCACUUUGGAGAUGGGACAAGGACGAGUGAUAUCUAUCUCACUAUCACAUAGUUGACACUAGUCACCUCCCCCUCCGUCAGCCAUAUCCAGCUACCCCCAGGCGGUCACCUUGAUGCAGGACAGAUUGAAAUAAGGCUAGGUAUAAUCAAACACAAAGACAAGGGGCUGUUUUUUAGGGGUGUGAACAGUGAAUGUGAAUAGUAAUUUGUAGGGCUGCUCGCGGUCCGGUUCGGUUCGGAUUUCUAGGAAUCCGAGGACCAAACCGCUAGUCACGGUUUUUACAAAAUGAAAUCUGUGUCCGGACCAAAAGCCCUACGGUCUGGUUCCUAUCCGAUCCGUGACUUGCGGAUCGGUUACGAUUUUGUCCGUGGAUUUUACCAAAAAUAAAGCUCAAGCAUAUAUCCCACAAUAAAAGGGAAGAAUGUUACAUUUAGAAUUAAGUUUUAAGACCACCAGAAAAUGCUUGUUACAUAAACUACCAAAGGCUUACUUUAGAAAUCAAAUUCUAAAGAAUCUAAAACACUAGUAGGAUUGUAUCAUUAUAGUACAUUACAUAACAUAAAAGAACCGGAAAAAAAAUGAACUACUGAAA